CCUUGCAAGAAUGGCUUCCACAUCUGAAGCAUACAUCAAAGCAAAGCAACUGAUCGAUGAUGUACAUAAACGUGAUCCCUUGUACAUCAAACACAAAGAACAACAAGCAGCUCAAGGUGCAGCAGCGGCGAGUGUAGGCGUAGCGGUUGAUGGAUUAGAUGUAACUUCAGAUUUAUCGACCGAAAAAGCAAGUACGCAAGUAGAUGAAAGCGAAGGAGGUCAAGAUGAAUUAGCAUAUGCAGAUGCGAUGGAAGAAUGGGUCGCUGCAUUAAUGGAAAAGGGAAAAGGACAACAAGCACUUUCACAAAUACCUGGUGAUGAUCCGAUCGAAUUGAUCAAAUUGGCCGCACGUUGUCAGCAUCUAGAACGCUUUGCGACUCCAAGAAGUACGUUCCCAGAAGGUAAAGCAGGAUAUUUGCACUGGAGAAGAUCACUGUAUACCAUUCAAGCGGACAAAGCUUCGGCGUUGUUGUUAGAAGCUGGUCUAAGUGAACAAGAGGCUAAGCUUGUGCAUACUUGGGUCAGUAAGACGGAUUUAAAACCAGGCAAAGAAGGCGGUGAAUGGGGAACACAAAUCUUGGAGGACGCAGCUGUUUUGGUAUUCUUGCAAGAUCAGUUACAUCAUUUCGCUGCUCAACAUCCAGGCUAUACGAGAGAAAAGUGGGUGGAUAUCAUCAAAAAAACGUGGAGAAAGCUAUCAGAGGACGGUAAACAUGCAGCUUUAGGGUUACAAAUGCCUGGACCUUUGAAGAGUAUUAUCGAAGAAGCGGUUCAAAAUCCUGCAAGUGUGACCUGAAAAAAGAAGAAGAGUU